AUGAAAUCACGCUCUGAAUCGGAAACCACACAAGUCGAAACCACGACGUGUGACACGGCCGAUGCUUGCGAUGGACCGCAGGCUCCGACUUCGGUGGCGUCAGUGGACGCGGACUGUUCAAAGGAGUUGUUGGCCAAAAGCUUCCUUGUGCCGGCCUUCUCGUUUGUGAAGCCAAUCGUCGAGCACCCGGCUCCUUUCACAGGAGAUGUGCCCAUCAGUUUGUUGCCGCGGUUCAAUGUCCGAUUGGGUGGGGAGUUCUCCUUCAUGUGCACCUUGGUGAUGCAUGGCAUGGAACACUGGAGCCGCGUAUUCGGGCCGGCGGACUUCUCCCUUACAGCCGACGAGGACAGCAUCACAGCGGGGGCGGUCGAUCUCACGAACGAUCUCCAUUUCACCGUCUUCCGGGGGAAGAGGCCGUUCAGCGUGCGUGUGGUUGACUUCUUCGUGCUCGACCAGGAGUGCACCCUGUUGUGCACGGUGUCGGCAUCUGGGCACAUGAAGGUGUUCAAGGACGGCGUGCUCGUGGGCGAGAACGUGAAGGGGAUGGCACCGCUACAUCUGGACAGGCCGCACAUGAUCGUGGGCGGCCACUACUUGUUCCAUGAUCAAGUCUUCCGCGGUACUCUGAAAGGCAUGAAGGUUUGGAUCCAAGAUGUCUCGUGGUCUCUGGAGCCUUUCAGCCCCGCAAACAGCUCGCACAUCACAUUGAAUAGACAUGUGCCGGAUUGGUACAUCAACUGGUACCCCGGCUAUUCGAUGGACGUGAUCCGCCACUGGUAUUCUAAGGUCAUGGAGAGGUUCGGCAUGGAUCCGACUUUGCCGCGCGAAGGGCAAAUGACCAAGGUGUCAAUAUGGUUCUCUACAGCCCUACGCCAUAGUCCAUAUUGGAAGGACGGAUUCAGCCGACACUUCGAAAAGAUCAGCACUUUCGAUCCAUACGAUGGCUGGGUUGUUGUUGACGAUCUGCUGACAAACUGGACUGAAAAUGAUCAGUGGAAAGGCUAUCGUGAAAUGCACGAGGUGCUGAUCAAGGGCAGGCCCCACACGUCAUACGUGUAUUGGGUGCUGCUAAACUGCUGUGAGAUGAUUGACCAUCACGGCAUGCAGAAGGGCAGGCUCCAGAUGAAGUGCGUUGAGCGUGCGGGCGCCGCCGACCAGGCCGUGCCGUGGGAGGCUCUCUGCGCCGUCCUCGGCCGCCGCGGGCCGCGGCGCCGCUGCCGCAGGGCUGCCUCAGAGCGCCGGGGUGCGCCUCUCGCGGCGCCGUGGGCCGUCCGCGCCGCCCGCGUGCACCUCAGCUCGCUGCGGCCGCGGAGCACCGCCGCCGCAGGGCUCGAGGCGCCGCGGGUGCCGCCCUGUGCGCCGCCGAGGCGCGGAGGUGCUGCGGCUCCCACCUUCACCUUCCGCCUGACCGACAUACUAUCUUUCGACGCCUGGUUCCCGACCACGGCGGUCAGGUCGAUGCAAGCUCUGGCGGCCGUGACGUUGUGGCGCACGGCGGAGUUCACGAUUACGACCUGGCCGGCGACUUUGCAACGGCUGGAUGCUGUGGCGUCCCGCUUGGUUGGGCUCCCGCGGCUGGCAGCUGGGCAGUGGUCGCCUCCAUUCUGGCGCAUUGGCACUGCCGUGGUGCAACGGCUUGCGGCGGCGUCCCGGGACCGUCCCAUGGAGGCCCCUGCCCGUGCGCUCCCGAUUUACCGACAAGCAGCGGAGGUGGCCAAACGCGCUGUUCGGUUGUCCGUGACAGCCGGCACGCGCCCUCACCCACAGAGGGUUUUCGUGAAGUUCCUGCAGGCGGCGGCCCACCCCGACACCUUCGACACGACCCUGAGGAAGAGGCUCGCUACAUGGAUCGAACACGAGCGGAUCCCACAUGACCUCCAACAGAGGUGGCGGCAGUUGCAGGUCUUCCUCGUUACACUGCCUCCUGCAUGGCGGUGGAUCGUCAUGAGGUCAGCCACUACCUGCAAUGCCGUCAUGCCCUUCACUGGCUGCCUCGCCCUCGACAGUUCCUCCAUGGUGAUCUUCUGCAUCGUCUCGGGCCCGCCGGAGAUGAGGCCCGUCGCGCAGCCGCGGGCCGCCGCCGCACGGCCACCGCCGCUGGCCGCACGGCGCGCCGCGCCGUCCGCGCAGCUCGCGGCCGCCCCGGCGGCGGGCGGCCAGCGCGCCGCCGCCCGCAGGGCCGAGGCCGCCGAGGGCGGCGCACGCCGCAGGAUGAAGAGGCCGGCAGCUGCCGCACCCGCGCCCGAGCCGCCGAGGAAGAGCCCGAGGGUGAAGCCCAUGCGCAGGCCGGCGGGGAGGCGGGCGAGGGGCGAGGAGGAGCCCGAGGAGGCCGACGAGGCGGCAGGGCUGUCGGCGGACGAGGAGGGCUUCUGCCGCGCCCCGUCGGCCGCGGGGCAGGACACGCCCGCCACGGCCCGGGGCUCUCCCCAGGCGGCUGUGGAACCCCAAGAGGACGGGGAGGCCGAGGACGCGAGCGACGAGGGCGCCGAGCUGGAGACGCCGGAGCGGCUGAGAAACCCGGCGGCGCUGCAGAGCCUGGAGGACGGCUUCGUGCGCCUGCCCGAGGAGCCAGGCUCCAAGCACGGCUGCGAGCUGAAGGUCAACCACUCGACAGGCUGCCUCAUGUCCUGCGACAUCAGGAUCCCUCCCGAGUCCGGCAACGCGCCCGAGAUCAUGUGGGCAGGGAAGACGCUGUUACUGCACGUCCACACGGCUCCGCCCAAGCAGUUGAUCAUCCUGCUGGACGGGAAUCGCACUGCGCUGGAGCAGGGGGACAUCUGCAUGGUGAGGGCGGGGCAGGAGUGGUCCGUGAGCAACGGCUCCAAGAGAGUGUGCGCGAGUAUCAAGAUGGUGCUCCGCUCGCGCGCCGACGACGCCGCCACGGUCGCCUGA